AUGACAACUCUCCCGCCUCCUAACGGCUACACAAAACUCGCCUCACUCCUAGGCAGUCAUCCUGACCUCGCCAUCUUCCGCCGCUUCGGCAGCCUCAACGCCAAAAAUCUGCUCUACAUGCAGGCCGAACUCGUCAAUUUAGAAGGUAAAUUGCAGCGCGCUAUUGAAGCGGAUACUGCGUCUGGACAUGUAGACCGCGUAAUCUACGAUCGUGAUUGGCAGUCCCUUGCGGAGAGUGGUGGCGCGCCCGAUGGAUGUGGGGAGCAGUGGGAGGUGGUGUUGAGGAUCAGGGAGAAGUUGAAGGAGUAUAAUGAGGCGCUAUUGCUCCAGACCAUGCUUGCGAAACAGAGUGGCCCGCUUGACCGCGAUAUGCAGUUCUUGCAAGAGUGGAUCAAGCGACCUUCUAUGGGAUAUGUUUACUUGCUGGGCGCCGACGCGGAUGUAUGGGAGAAGCCGGAUCUGGCAGAUCUGGUAGUACUGAAGCGUCCCGAGCGGCAAAGCACAGCAUCACGCGUGGUUGGAGACUUCGUGGUGCUGUGGUGGAACAGGAUCUUUAGAAAAAAGAAGCAGCCCGUAACGGACAGUAACUACACAAAUACCGUCAUUUAUUCGGACAGCACGUUGGCAAAGGCCAGUGCCGUCGUGGGCUCUGCAUGUGCUUCGACACUGCCAGUGCUGGCAAUUAUUAUUUUAUACACGGUGAAAAGCAUGUCGAGACGUUUGGCGGUCAUCACCCUGUUGACACCGUUGUUCUCUGCUGCUCUAGGGAUCUUUUCUAGUGGACGGGCAAUCGAAAACUUUGCAGCCACAGCCGCGUAAGUAAUGAAGAUUACCAUCAAGCUAUGCUGGACUAAUGAGAACUAGAUUCGCUGCUGUACAGGUGGUGUUUGUUGGUGCAACAUCAUGAGUACGACCGGACAAAUGGAAUCUCUCAUUGUGCAUUAUAUCCCUUUGUCAUACGCAUAGCGUAGCAGAACUCGUAUCGCUGGUCUGUGAGAUAGAACUUCAUGCGUUUUCAAAACGAGCUCUUGAGGAAUGACUAUCUCGAUUGCCUGGUUCAAUAUUGAAUCCGCUGUAUCAAAUCAUGUGAUGAACACAUGAGAAUUCUUGCACGAUGAUGUGGUGUAGCAUCUUUUGAAUCUGUGCUAAUAUGGUAUCAUUCAGGAUACUACGG